AUCAGUGCGUAGAUGUCGAUGAAUCACUUUAAUCAAUGUUCUGGAAGGAAAAGUAUUCCCAAAGUAUUUUACUGGACACUCCUUAACAACCUAACAGUAACUUGUGUCACUGUCAGCACAAACUUCCAAAUAUUGAAGACCCGCAGAACGAUGAGUAGGCCCAGGCUAACGCGUUAUGAGUCAGUCAGGUUACUGAGAUAACAGUUUAUGUGCCAUCAACUAAUCUUCGCCAAACUUGACUUGACGAUAGAUCUAUAUCAAACUGAAUCUGCAAUGUCAUUUGGUGUCGAGCGUCGUCUGAAUCGCCAUGCUACCACCAUACUCAUCGGAGGUAUAUUCCUCACAAUAAGUGCCCUCAUGUUCUUGUCAUUAUGCAACAUGCCAUGUGAGGACUGCACCUAUCGCCGUGCCAACGAUGAUCACAGCCAUGGAAAGGAGAAGACAGGGUGGGGACAAAAGAUAUUUGCUCAAUCAAGGGAGAGAACUGCUCAUCUUGUCAUCCUCAUAUUGACUGGUCCGGAAAAUGCAGAACGUCGACACGCAAUGAGAGAAACCUGGCUUCUUGAUCUUCCCAAAGAUGUAGCUGUGUUUUUUGUAAUAGGAACUAAGCAGUUAUCCAAAGAUAUUGAAGAUCGAUUGAUGCGGGAAAACAUGCUACGUAAAGACUUACUACUGUUGAAAAACCAUGAGGAAUCAUACCUAGGAUUAAGCAAUAAACUUUUGACGAGUCUAGAAUGGAUACACGAGCAUGUGGAUUUUAAAUUUCUUUUGAAAGUUGAUGAUGACAGUUUUGUGCGAUUAGAUGCAUUAUUGAAGGAGCUGAAAUUCAAAGAUGAAGAAAAACUCUACUGGGGUUUCUUCGAUGGUCGAGCCCAUGUGAAACAGAGGGGGAAAUGGAAGGAACAAGAAUGGGUGCUGUGUGACCGAUACUUGCCAUACGCUCUUGGAGGUGGCUAUGUUGUUUCAAGUGAUUUGGUUCACUACGUGGCAAGUAAUGCUAAUUAUCUCAAGACAUUCAUCAGCGAGGAUGUGUCCCUCGGAGUGUGGUUAGCUCCUGUGAAUGUUAACAGGUUGCACGACCCACGGUUUGAUACCGAAUACCGGUCCCGUGGGUGUCGGAACAUAUAUUUGGUCACUCAUAAGAAAAGCAUUCUUCAAAUGAGAGAUUUACAUCAAACUCUUCAGACUACUGGACAUUUGUGUCGAGCCGAAUUGCAGACUUACAAGUCCUACAUGUAUAACUGGAAAGUGCCCCCAACGUUGUGCUGUAUCAGAAACGAUACAUCUAUCCCUUGAACUUGAUCCCUUGUUAAUAAAAUGUAUAUUGUUGUUGUUUUA